GGCAGUAUCAUUUUCAAAAUAGUGUUCAGUGGGAGAACAUAUUUUAGAUUUUAUAUAAAGCCAUUGGUUCGACACACGAACACAAUCCUCUUCCUACAUCUUAAUUCUCAAAUUUGUUUUAGUCGAUUUUGCCCAUUAUCUUUGAACUCGAGCACCUGGCUCACGCCCGAGGGGGACCCGGGGUCCAACGGAUGCAAUCUAUGUCAACCCUUUGAAACACGCGUAUUCGGGAGCACGAGCCAGAUAAAAUAACACCCUUGUCACGACUAGCGUCCGGAUAAUGUGCGCUAGACCUUGAGAAGUGAAAGUUAAUGAAAGUUGAUUAAUCGCGCUGAAAGGGAUGGGUGAAGUGCUAUCGUGACUAUCAUUAUUUUAUUUAUUUACCUUUAAUUGACGCGCUCAUGGUGUUUGUGUGGAAAUAAAUGACAACAGAGAAGCAGAGGCUUAGACUACACGGUAGUAUUUUUGUCCAGGGAUAGUCCAUUAUUGCCACAGAGAAUCUCAAUUUUCUACAAGCCCUAUAAUGCACUCAUUUCACACCUUGUCAUCGUCCUCCAUUCCUCCUCUCCCUCCCUUCUUCGCAGUGUCUGUUCUUUUGUGAUCUCGCCCUCCUCCAUCCUAUUUUGCCCCAUUCCCGUUCCCUGUGACUUGUGUAUCCUGCUGUGCCCACUCUACCCACUGUGCCAUCUAUUCUAUGUCUGUGUCAGUGAAAAACCUGCCGCAGCGACGGAGCUCUCUGGGUCCCGUCUCGCCUAAACGCAUCUACAGGAACCUGUCUGUCAGGCUGAGGGGCAGAGAGUCCUCUGUUGCCGGGGAGACAGACAUGCCUAAAAACCAAUGCAAGGCCACGCCCAAAUACACGACCCUGUGGGAUGCUGUGGAGAAUGAGGACACCCUGGCGGUGAGGAGCCUGCUGUCCAGGGACAGGGUGUGUGGAGGAUGGGAGAAAGGAGAGAAGAAAGAAAAGGACUGGGAAAAAGAGAGGGAGAGAGAUGUGAACACAGUGAGUGAGCAUGGCCUUGUACCUCUGGAUGUGGCUGCUCUUACCCAGAAUUCACCACUGCUGCAUGUGUUGACAAAGGCAGGAGCCAGACACAACCCUGUCUUAUGUCAACCGGAUGAAUGGUCAUCCAAGCUGGAUGCCCUGGUGGAUCUGGCUGGCAGGCAGGUGGACGACAGGAGGGAGGAGUUACUGGGUCGAGCAGGACCAGGGCCACAGGGGCAAGCUGACCUCCAGAGACAUCUUCACAUUUGGACCCUACGGCGCCAGCUGUACUGCAAGAUGAGGGAGAACUUCCGCUGCACAGACCUCCCAGGCCCUCCCAACAGUGUCUCACUGUUAGUGACCAGUGCCUCUUCCUUAUUUGUGUCCAUCCAACAUUCAGCUGGUUCCACUACUGGAUUGAUCACACGCUACAGAGUGGAAUGGAGCACCUCUGCCGACUUCAAAUGCAUACUUGGCUCAGCUCAGGUGGUGGACACUAUGACCCCUGUCCACAACAUCACAGGACUGACCACAGGAGUGCACUGCUUUGUGAGAGUGAGCGCCUACAAUGUGAAGGGAUGGGGCCCACCUCAAAGGUCCAGUCCAGUCAGUGCUGCCCCCUCCAGCUGGAAGGAGUGUAUCGGGGUGAAACAUCUGAGUGGGAACAAGGAAACUCUAGUAAGCAGACUGUUGGAGCAGACCAGAGAGCCACGCUACAGAGGUUUUUGCUUGGAGACCUCGAAGCCGCAGAGUCCCAGCAAUAUGCGCCUAUCUAUGUCUCGUGGCCUGAAGCUGCUCUUCCAGUCAGCCACCAAGUUUGUCCGACUCCUACAGAGAGGUGUAUACCUGGCAACUGUGUUCUACAACAAGGAAACCAUCCUGGUCACAGCAGAUGAACAGCUCCCAGUGGUGGAGAUCCUGUGCUGCUCCACCUCCAUCACUCAGGACUUUCUAUGGUUCGCCAAGUUGUCCUGCGCGUGGCAACAGGUGCCCUGGCUCCAGCAGGCCCUCUCCACCGCGCUCUCCUCUUCGUCGUCCCUUCUUCAAAACCGGCAAAACAUAUUGCGGGCCGUGGCUCAACUACAGUCCUCUGUGGGGACAGCAGACUUGGGACAGGUGUAUUAUGAGCCUCUGAAGGACAGGCAGGGUAAUGUCCUACUGGUUACAAUGAGAGAUUGUGCAGCCCAUCCCAUUCUCCAGGAACCCCCUCUUCACUGGGUCCCCUUGGCCCGGCUGGAAAUGAACCGGACCAGGACACCUCUCCACCCUGAACCUACAGCCAUGGACAUCCUCACAAAUCAGCUCAAGGAGAAGCUGUCCUACCACAGGCGCAGUGCCCGCUGGGUCCAGCCUGGUCUGUACGUGGGCAUCUUGAAACUAUGCAGCACAGUGGAGCAGAUCCGGGUUUUAGUGCCACAGACGCUGCCCAACCUGCUGCACCACGCACGAGUGCGCCUCAAUUCCCAUGUAUCCCGGGAUGAAUGGACGUGGUUACAGAGCCACAACACGUUGACAGCCAGUGAGGACGCCGAGGGUGAGGACGCCGAGGGUGAGGACGCGACGGCUACGGACGGCACUGACCUGGGAGAGUUUGUGAGGUCUCUCCGAACCGCCAUCAACCUCCUGUUGACCAAGCUCAACAUCCCUCUCUACAGGGCGUAUCAGUUUGGGGUAUUCACUCGGGAGCUCUUGCAGUUUGGGGAAAAAGCGUCCAUGCUGCUCUUGCUGCCCCCCAGUGAGGACUUCAGCUCCAGCUACUGGCCUGUGGUUGACACCAAGGAACCAGGCCUCACAAUGCCUUUACAGAUCUUUGAGCUGGUACACUUCUGGACAUACGAGCGAGACUUCCUGUCUCAGUACUGUCAGGUCUGGGUUCGGUUAGAGCUGGACGCCCAUUUGUCCCAGCAGGCUUUGCGAGAAGCCUUGGACACUAAGGAGGUGCAGGAGGCCAGAGAACGCCUCGGUCACAUCACUCAGCUCUCACAGCGUCUUGAGGUAGUGUGGCGAGAGGUUCGCUGGAUCAUGGAUGUACUCCAGUGUGUCCGUUCCAAACAGUGGGUCGGGGCGGUGCCUCUGGGUUUAGUCAUGGGCGGAGACCCACCUGCCCGUACAGAGGAUGAGCAGGAUGACAGGCCCACCUCUAGAGUCUGGCCUCAGCGUCUACUCUCUCCAAAGAAGAAAUCUGAGAGCAUCGCCUGCCCUGUUCCAGACGUUGCUGUGACGGACGGGAUCUCUGAGCCAGUAUGCAUCCCGGGGGGCCCUGAAGAGGCCAUGUGUUUAAUGGAGGGAGCCAGCAAAUGUGGAUACCCCAUGGACCACAGUGCCGGCCAGCCUGUCAGGGUUUUCAACAGCCUGGACCAGGCUGGGGUUGGUUCUGACAGUGUGGCCCAAUCAGAAGUCAAUUAUCACGACAUUAUGCCCCUGUCAGCUGCCGACAGGGGAGAACAAGAAUAUUCGCACAGCUGUGUCAGUGAUGUGAUCCCGCCACUACCAGAGCUAGACACCAUCUUCCCCACACUCCGUCUGAUAGACAGAGAGUAUGUGGCGAACGCUGAAGCUGGAAGUGGGGAGGGUCUGGCCAGCUUGGGUCUUGGAGUAGACGAAAGUGAGCCAUACCUCAGAUUAAACUCAGACUUGAUGAGUGAGGGUGUCUCCCUCUCUCGUCUGCAUCAGCGUGAAGACACGCCGACAUCAUGCCUGAGUUUCGGAGACCGAGCCUGUGCCAGUCAUUGUGCAGGUCGCUUUGGAGAUCAUUUGGAUGAGCAAGUCACAUCUGCCCCUGUUUCUGUUAUGAGGACAACAUCUGCUCACAACUGGCAUUUGCCUACAGAGGACCCCGUGCCACAUGAUAGAGGGAGCCCCAUGCCACCCAGAAGCCUGGCAGAGUGGGUGAAAUCCCCCAGUGACCUAUCUUGAUGUAUUCAGAUAUAUCAAUGAGAGAUUGUUACAUCAAAAUACUCUGUACACACCGAUCAUGCCUCUCUUGGAACAAUCUGACAGCCAAUUCAAGUUACAAGUUUCAAGUUUAUUUUGUCAAAUGUGCCGAAUAACACAGCGUCACCCUGCACAAUGAAAUUCUUGUGACUCCAGAUUCUCAGCAUUCAUAGAACGCUUUCAGCGCCUUUGGGCUGAUAUUUGUCACACAACAUCUUCAAAUCGAGGGCCAAAGAAUUAAGUCCAAAAUGUGACUGGGCUGGCAUCCAAAAAGGUGUGCCAUCUCAGCCAAUGUUUCCAGCUAAAGUGUAGCGUGUGUUUCACUCUUAACCUUCCCGUAAUCCAUUUAACAAAUAGCUAAUACACAAUAAAAUUGGUUCAAUGGUUUAUCUUUUUGCAGUUACCAAAUAAAUGUGUAAAAACGAUGCUCUAUUUACAUUGUACCACAUUCAAUUUAUAAUACAAAAUGGUUAGUAUUAAGGUAAUAACGUGAGGAUCUGAUCUGUGAGAAAUUGGCCA